AUGGUGAAGUUCAAAGGGAAAAGCAAAGGCAGCAGCUCAAGAAAAAUGAAGAAAGACCUAAGCAAAGUAACUUGUUACAACUGCAAGGAAAUGGGACAUUUCAAAUCUGAUUGUCCCAAGUUGAAGAAAGAGGAGAAGCCAAAAGGAGGAAAGAAGAAGGGACUGAUGGCUUCAUGGGAAGACUUGGAAAAUGACUCAGACGAUGAUGAAGAAUCUGAAACUAAGUCACAACCUUCUCUCAUGGCAGAUCAUAUAGAUCAGGUAGUCUUUCACAACCAUAACACUGAAGAUCUUCAUCUUAUGAUAGACCACCUUUUUGGAAAAAUAAGAUGUUUUCUACUUGAUAACCAAGAUCUUGAACAAAAAAUUAUCAUUCUUAAAACUGAAAAUGGUUUUCUCAAGGAAAAGCUAAGGAAGGCCGAAACUGCUUGUGAUCUUGCUGAAGAAAAUAAGCAGUUAAAAGCCCAACUUAGAAGUUGUGAAAGUGACCAUUCCGUUGUUGCAUAUGUGUGCCUAGCAUCCAAACGGAAGGAAAAUAUGUGGUACAUGGACAGCGGAUGUUCUAGGCACAUGACCGGAAAGACAACCUUCUUCAUAAAGCUUGAUGAAUAUGAUGGAGGACUUGUCACUUUCGGUGAUGAUGGUAAAGAAAAGAUAGUGGCCGUUGGUAAAGUUGGAGUAACAACAAGAUCCUCAACCAAAAGACAAUCUGAACCAAGAAACUUUGCACUCUUGUCACAAAUGGAGCCCAACAAUGUCAAACAAGCUCUUGAAGAUCCAUCAUGGGUCAAAGCCAUGCAAGAAGAGCUUGCUUAA